GUUUGUAUCCUCUGGUUAACGGAUAAAAUCACCGCGGCUCUACGGCAGUAUGUGUGGUAUGGCGGUGCUUUUAGAUGAUGGUGGAGGUGAUGAAGAAUUUGACGUGGGCGAUGGGAUCCGGAUGCUGCCGCCGCCUCCGGCCCAGUGUGACGGUGGGGUCUGGGGCCCCCGACGGGGCCGCUGCGGGUGUGUGAUAUGGACGCUGGUCCUGCUGCUGUGGAACCUACUGCUGCUGCUGGUGUGUGUGUGUCUGAUGUUCCUGGUGUUCGGCCUCGUCCUGCUGCCUGCUGCCCUGCUGCUGUACGCCGGCUUUCUGUGCCACUCGCGGGUUGUGGCUUCUCCUGCUCCUCUCUGCAGUUACCUUGACGACAACAGUUGCUCCGCCCUCAUCAUCCUGGGCUUUGUCAUGAUGUCACCACUGGUCGUGAUUGCCGCGGCAACAUUCUGCGCUCUUCUCAGGCGGCUCCACCUUCUUUUAUAUUUUCAGCCAAUCACUGGAGCUCGUUACCAAGGGAGGGGCUUGGGCUGGAGGCAGGACUUCCACGCCUGGGUUUGACUGACAGGACCCACCAAUCUCCGGUGACCAGUGAGGGGUCAAAGGGCGAGUGAUGUCACAGGACAGCUGUAAAUCUGCAGAAACACAAUCAUGUAAAACAAUCCACAGAACUAACGAGACUCUUUCGGGACAACUUCACCUCUUGCGAAUAUGACAAGAAAUUGAAGUAGUAGUGUUACCGUAACGUUUAAAUUAUAAAAGUGUUACCGUUGUAUUUUUACUAUUUUAGGACCGCUUUUGGUCUUUUGACACAUUUGCAUGACAAUUAUGGCUAGGGCUGUGCGAUUAAUUGAAAUCGAAUCGGGAUUUGAAACGUUACGAUUAGCUAAUCAUAUGAGGCUGCGAUAUGAAAUAUGUAUUAUUUAACUUCCCCCACCCAGAGCAAAUGCGUAUCUGCUGUCUGUGUGUGACAGCUUUACUAGCCAGUUGAGUGCGCACACUUUCUGAAUUCAGAAUUGCGCAACCGAAAUAUGCAGAACGCCCACAAUAAAACAAACAAGCAGGACAGUGUGAAUGACUGCGAUGAUGGCGUCUGCCUCUUCAGAAGCAUUUACAGA